CCAGGAGUCAUGGUCCGCUUCGGGGACGAGCUGAGUGGCCGCUAUGGGGGCCCCGGCGGCGGGGAGCGGGCUCGGGGCGGCGGGGCCGGCGGGGCGGGUGGCCCGGGCCAAGGGGGUCUGCCGCCGGGCCAGCGGGUCCUGUACAAGCAGUCCAUCGCGCAGCGCGCACGGACCAUGGCCCUGUACAACCCCAUCCCAGUCAAGCAGAACUGCUUCACCGUCAACCGCUCGCUCUUCAUCUUCAGCGAGGACAACGUCGUCCGCAAAUACGCUAAACGCAUCACGGAGUGGCCGCCCUUCGAAUACAUGAUCCUGGCCACCAUCAUCGCCAACUGCAUUGUUCUGGCCCUGGAGCAGCACCUCCCUGAUGGGGACAAGACUCCCAUGUCUGAGCGCCUGGAUGACACGGAGCCUUAUUUCAUCGGGAUCUUUUGCUUCGAGGCGGGGAUCAAGAUCAUCGCACUGGGCUUCGUUUUCCACAAGGGCUCCUACCUUCGAAAUGGCUGGAAUGUCAUGGACUUCGUGGUGGUUCUCACGGGGAUUCUUGCCACCGCUGGAACCGACUUUGACCUCCGGACCCUGAGGGCUGUGCGUGUGCUAAGACCUCUGAAGCUGGUGUCUGGAAUUCCAAGCUUGCAGGUGGUGCUCAAGUCCAUCAUGAAGGCCAUGGUUCCACUGCUGCAAAUCGGGCUGCUGCUUUUCUUUGCCAUUCUCAUGUUUGCCAUCAUCGGCCUUGAGUUCUAUAUGGGCAAAUUCCAUAAAGCCUGCUUCCCCAACAGCACAGACGCAGACCCUGUGGGUGACUUUCCCUGUGGCAAAGAGGCCCCUGCUCGGCUGUGUGAGGGUGACACUGAGUGCCGGGAGUACUGGCCAGGACCCAACUUUGGCAUCACCAACUUCGACAACAUCCUGUUUGCCAUCUUGACAGUGUUCCAGUGUAUCACCAUGGAGGGCUGGACUGACAUCCUCUACAAUACGAAUGAUGCAGCGGGCAACACCUGGAACUGGCUGUACUUCAUCCCUCUCAUCAUCAUCGGCUCCUUCUUUAUGCUCAACCUAGUGCUGGGUGUGCUCUCGGGAGAGUUCGCCAAGGAGCGGGAGCGAGUAGAGAACCGUCGUGCCUUCCUGAAGCUCCGUAGGCAGCAGCAGAUUGAGCGAGAACUGAACGGGUACUUGGAGUGGAUCUUCAAGGCCGAGGAAGUCAUGUUGGCAGAGGAGGACAAGAAUGCAGAAGAGAAGUCGCCUUUGGAUGCAGUGUUGAAGAGAGCUGCCACCAAGAAGAGCCGAAAUGACCUGAUCCACGCGGAGGAGGGGGAGGACCGGUUUGUAGACCUCUGUGCUGUUGGGUCUCCCUUUGCUCGUGCCAGCCUCAAGAGUGGGAAGACAGAGAGCUCAUCGUACUUCCGGAGGAAGGAGAAGAUGUUCCGGUUCUUCAUCCGGCGUAUGGUGAAAGCACAGAGCUUCUACUGGGUGGUCCUGUGUGUGGUGGCCCUGAACACCCUGUGCGUGGCCAUGGUGCACUAUAAUCAGCCUCAGCGGCUCACCACUGCCCUGUACUUUGCAGAGUUUGUUUUCCUGGGUCUCUUCCUCACAGAGAUGUCCCUGAAGAUGUAUGGCCUAGGGCCCCGGAGCUACUUUAGGUCUUCCUUCAACUGCUUUGAUUUUGGGGUGAUUGUGGGGAGCAUCUUUGAAGUAGUCUGGGCUGCCAUCAAGCCAGGAACCUCCUUUGGAAUCAGUGUGCUGCGGGCUCUCCGAUUGCUGAGGAUUUUCAAAGUCACGAAGUAUUGGAACUCCCUGAGGAACCUGGUGGUAUCCCUCCUCAACUCCAUGAAGUCCAUCAUCAGCCUCCUCUUCCUGCUUUUCCUCUUCAUUGUGGUCUUUGCUUUGUUGGGGAUGCAGCUGUUUGGGGGACAGUUCAACUUUCAAGAUGAGACCCCGACCACCAAUUUCGAUACCUUCCCAGCUGCCAUCCUCACUGUCUUUCAGAUCCUGACAGGAGAGGACUGGAAUGCGGUCAUGUAUCAUGGGAUCGAGUCACAAGGUGGCGUCAGCAAAGGCAUGUUUUCUUCCUUUUACUUCAUCGUCCUGACGUUGUUUGGAAACUACACCCUGCUGAAUGUUUUCCUAGCCAUUGCUGUGGACAACCUUGCCAAUGCCCAGGAGUUAACCAAGGAUGAAGAAGAGAUGGAAGAAGCAGCCAACCAGAAGCUCGCUCUCCAGAAGGCCAAAGAAGUGGCCGAAGUCAGCCCCAUGUCUGCUGCCAACAUCUCCAUUGCUGCCAGGCAGCAGAACUCGGCCAAGGCGCGCUCAGUGUGGGAGCAGCGGGCCAGUCAGCUAAGGCUCCAGAACCUGCGUGCCAGCUGUGAGGCACUGUACAGCGAGAUGGACCCCGAGGAGCGCCUGCGUUAUGCCAGCACGCGCCAUGUGAGGCCAGACAUGAAGACGCACAUGGACCGGCCCCUAGUGGUGGAGCCUGGCAGGGAUGGCUUGCGGGGACCUGUGGGGAACAAGUCAAAGCCCGAGGGCACUGAGGUCCCUGAAAGUGUAGACCCACCGCGCAGGCACCACCGCCACCGUGACAGGGACAAGACCUCAGCCACGGCCCCUGCUGGCGGUGAACAGGACAGGACAGACUGUCCAAAGACAGAAAACACGGAGACAGGGGCCAGGGAGGAACGUCCGCGCCCACGGCGCAGUCACAGCAAGGAGGCUGCAGGGCCUGAAGUGCAAGCUCGCAGUAACAGGCGCCACCACCGGCGUGGCUCCCCAGAGGAGGAGGCCACUGAGCGCGAGCCCCGGCGCCACCGUGCCCACCGGCAUGCACAGGAAUCGGGCAAGGAGGGCACUGCGCAGGUGCUGGCACCCAAGGGCGAGCGACGCCCACGACAUCGAGGCCCUCGCACGGGCCCCCGUGAGGCAGAAAACAGUGAGGAGCCCACACGCCGGCACCGUGCAAGGCAUAAGGGGCCAUCAACACUUGAACCCCCAGAGAAGGAGGCUGCAGAGAAGGAGAGCAACAUGGCGGAAGGGGAUAAGGAAACCCGAAACCACCAGCCCAAGGAACCUCACUGUGAUCUGGAGACUGUUGCGGUUACAGGUGUGGGCCCUCUGCACAUGCUGCCCAGUACCUGUCUCCAGAAAGUGGAGGAGCAACCGGAAGAUGCAGACAACCAGCGUAAUGUCACCCGGAUGGGCAGUCAGCCUUCAGACCCCAGCACCACAGUGCACGUCCCAGUGACACUGACGGGCCCUCCCGGGGAGACCUCUGUAGCUCCCAGUGGUAAUGUGGACCUGGAAGGCCAAGCAGAGGGCAAGAAGGAGGCAGAGGCUGACGAUGUGCUAAGAAGAGGCCCCCGGCCCAUCGUUCCCUACAGCUCCAUGUUCUGUCUCAGCCCCACCAACCUGCUCCGUCGCUUCUGCCAUUACAUUGUGACCAUGCGGUACUUCGAGAUGGUAAUUCUUGUGGUCAUUGCCCUGAGCAGCAUUGCCCUGGCUGCUGAGGAUCCUGUGCGGACCGAUUCUUCCAGGAACAAUGCUUUAAAAUACAUGGAUUACAUCUUUACAGGCGUCUUCACCUUUGAAAUGGUCAUAAAGAUGAUAGACUUGGGACUGCUGCUGCACCCUGGAGCCUACUUCCGGGACCUGUGGAAUAUUCUGGACUUCAUUGUCGUCAGCGGAGCCCUAGUGGCAUUUGCUUUCUCAGGAUCCAAAGGGAAAGACAUCAAUACCAUCAAGUCCCUGAGAGUUCUGCGUGUCCUGCGGCCCCUCAAGACCAUCAAACGGCUGCCUAAGCUCAAGGCUGUGUUUGACUGUGUGGUGAACUCCCUGAAGAACGUCCUGAACAUCUUGAUUGUCUACAUGCUCUUCAUGUUCAUCUUUGCCGUCAUCGCCGUGCAGCUCUUCAAGGGGAAGUUUUUUUACUGCACUGACGAAUCCAAGGAACUGGAGAGGGACUGCAGGGGUCAGUAUUUGGAUUACGAGAAGGAAGAAGUAGAAGCUCAGCCGAGGCAGUGGAAGAAAUACGACUUCCACUAUGACAAUGUGCUCUGGGCCCUGUUGACGCUGUUCACGGUGUCCACAGGAGAGGGCUGGCCCAUGGUGCUGAAACACUCUGUGGACGCCACCUAUGAGGAGCAGGGGCCAAGCCCCGGGUUCCGGAUGGAGCUUUCCAUCUUCUAUGUGGUCUACUUUGUGGUCUUCCCUUUUUUCUUUGUCAACAUCUUUGUGGCCUUGAUCAUUAUCACCUUCCAGGAGCAGGGGGACAAGGUGAUGUCUGAAUGCAGCCUGGAGAAGAACGAGAGGGCUUGCAUUGACUUUGCCAUCAGCGCCAAACCCCUGACACGAUACAUGCCCCAAAACAAGCAGUCGUUCCAGUAUAAGACGUGGACGUUCGUGGUCUCUCCACCCUUCGAGUACUUCAUUAUGGCCAUGAUCGCCCUCAACACGGUGGUGCUGAUGAUGAAGUUCUAUGACGCACCUUACGAGUACGAGCUGAUGCUGAAAUGCCUGAACAUUGUCUUCACAUCCAUGUUCUCCAUGGAGUGCAUAUUGAAGAUCAUCGCCUUUGGGGUUCUGAACUACUUCAGAGAUGCCUGGAACGUCUUCGACUUUGUCACUGUGUUGGGAAGUAUUACUGAUAUUUUAGUAACAGAGAUUGUGAACAAUUUCAUCAAUUUGAGCUUCCUCCGCCUCUUCCGUGCGGCCCGGCUGAUCAAACUGCUUCGCCAGGGCUACACCAUCCGCAUCCUGCUGUGGACCUUCGUCCAGUCCUUUAAGGCGCUGCCCUACGUGUGCCUCCUCAUUGCCAUGCUGUUCUUCAUCUACGCCAUCAUCGGCAUGCAGGUUUUUGGAAACAUUGCCCUUGAUGACGACACCAGUAUCAACCGACACAACAACUUCCGAACAUUUCUGCAAGCCUUGAUGCUGUUGUUCAGGAGUGCCACUGGGGAGGCCUGGCAUGAGAUCAUGCUGUCUUGUCUGGGCAACCGGGCCUGCGAUCCCCAUGCCAACGCCAGCGAGUGUGGGAGCGACUUUGCCUACUUUUAUUUCGUCUCCUUCAUCUUCCUUUGUUCCUUCCUGAUGCUGAACCUCUUUGUUGCUGUGAUCAUGGACAAUUUUGAGUACCUCACGCGGGACUCUUCCAUCCUAGGGCCUCACCACCUAGAUGAAUUCAUUCGAGUCUGGGCUGAGUACGACCCAGCUGCGUGUGGGCGCAUCAGUUACAAUGACAUGUUUGAGAUGCUGAAACACAUGUCCCCACCUCUGGGGUUGGGGAAGAAAUGCCCGGCUCGAGUUGCAUACAAGCGCCUGGUUCGCAUGAACAUGCCCAUAUCCAAUGAGGACAUGACGGUGCACUUCACCUCCACGCUGAUGGCCCUCAUCCGGACAGCGCUGGAGAUCAAGCUUGCCCCAGCAGGGACAAAGCAGCACCAGUGUGAUGCUGAGCUGAGAAAGGAGAUCUCUUCUGUGUGGGCCAAUCUACCCCAGAAGACGCUGGACCUACUCGUACCACCCCACAAACCUGAUGAGAUGACAGUGGGGAAAGUCUAUGCAGCUCUGAUGAUAUUUGACUUCUACAAACAGAACAAAACCACCCGAGAUCAGAUUCACCAAGCUCCCGGAGGCCUGUCCCAGAUGGGUCCUGUGUCCUUGUUCCACCCUCUGAAGGCCACCCUGGAGCAGACCCAACCAGCUGUGCUUCGGGGAGCUCGGGUUUUCCUUCGACAGAAGAGUGCCACUUCCCUUAGCAACGGUGGGGCCAUACAAACCCAGGAAAGCGGCAUCAAGGAGUCCCUGUCCUGGGGCACACAGAGGACCCAGGACACUCUCUAUGAAGCCAGAGCACCUCUAGAACGUGGCCAUUCUGCAGAGAUCCCUGUGGGGCAUCCAGGAAAACUGGCUGUGGACGUCCAGAUGCAGAACAUGACCUUGCGAGGACCUGAUGGGGAGCCUCAGCCUGGGCUGGAGAGCCAAGGCCGGGCUGCCUCUAUGCCACGCCUGGCGGCAGAAACACAGCCUGCCCCUGAUGCCAGCCCCAUGAAGCGCUCUAUCUCCACCCUGGCUCCACGCCCCCACGGGACUCACCUCUGCAACACCGUCCUGGACCGGCCUCCGCCUAGCCAGGCCUCACAUCACCAUCAUCACCGCUGCCACCGGCGCAGGGAAAAGAAGCAGAGGUCCCUGGAAAAGGGGCCCAGCCUGUCUGUUGACACAGAAGGGGCACCAAGCAGUGCUGCAGGAUCUGGCCUGCCCCAAGGAGAAGGAUCCACAGGCUGCCGAAGGGAGCGCAAGCAGGAGCGGGGAAGGUCCCAGGAGCGGAGGCAGCCUUCGUCCUCUUCUUCAGAGAAGCAGCGCUUCUAUUCCUGUGACCGCUUUGGGAGUCGGGAGCCCCCGCAACACAAGCCCUCUCUUAGUAGUCACCCCACAUCUCCAACAGCGGCGCUAGAGCCAGGACCCCACCCACAGGGCAGUGGUUCUGUUAAUGGGAGCCCCUUGAUGUCAACAUCUGGUGCUAGCACCCCGGGCCGAGGUGGACGGAGGCAGCUCCCCCAGACUCCCCUGACCCCACGCCCCAGCAUCACCUACAAGACCGCCAAUUCCUCGCCUGUCCACUUUGCUGGGGGUCAGAGCGGCCUUCCAGCCUUCUCCCCUGGCCGUCUCAGCCGCGGCCUUUCAGAACACAAUGCCCUGCUCCAGAAAGAGCCCCUGAGCCAGCCUCUGGCCCCUGGAUCUCGCAUUGGCUCUGACCCUUACCUAGGGCAGCGUCUGGACAGUGAGGCCUCUGCCCACACUCUGCCUGAGGAUACACUCACCUUUGAAGAGGCAGUGGCCACCAACUCUGGCCGCUCCUCCAGGACUUCCUACGUGUCCUCCCUCACCUCCCAAUCCCACCCUCUCCGCCGUGUGCCCAAUGGCUACCACUGCACUUUGGGACUCAGCACUGGCGUCCGGGCGCGGCACAGCUACCACCACCCAGACCAGGACCACUGGUGCUAGCUGCACCGCGACCACCCACGCACCAGCUCCAUGGGUGCGGGUUCCAGUUGAUGAGUUUUAUCAUCCGCUCUGGGCUGUGGGGUCACAGCCCUGGGAGGAGGGGCCUCACGCCGUGGCUUCUGUGGUGGAGGCCCCUGCUUCUCUCCCUCCCUCCCUUUUACAUUGGAUGGACUAAUAAAGCCCUUUCUUAGAGGGGUGUGGUUCUCUCUAUCCUCCUGUGUACUGCCUUCCUGGGUUCCAUGCCAGAUGUUGGAUCCUAAGCAGGAGGUAGCUGAGUCGAGAUGAACCCAGCAAAUCCAAAUCCUAUGGCAUGGCCUCCAGCACCCAGGGUGGGUAUUUGGGACUUUGUUAGGAGGUCUGAGUCUCAUGGCGAGUAUCGUUUGUCCGAAUGUGUUGGUGUCGGGGAGAGGGUGCACCUGAAAGCAAGGGAAGGAGCCCAGCUGUGGCCUGGCAGCACCUGCCGGCCGCGGUAAUCUCACGUCUGUUGUCUGUCUUGAAGUCAAACAGCACACGUGCAUAGAGAUGCUCUCAAGGCCCUGCCUUCAGUACUGUCUCCACCUAGGGACCGAAUCUGGAGAAUGCUCAUGCUGUUGGUCCUGGCUUUCAGCCACAAUACCUUAAGCUGUUUGUCAUUUCUAUAGAGUUGAUCUAGAAGAAAAAAAAAAAAAACAAACAAACAAAAGCAAAACAGGGAAAGAAUGUUCAUGUAACUUAAAAAAAAAAUCAACAUGUAGGAAGGUCCCGUUUUGCAUUGUUUCUGUGACUUGUAUGCGAUGUUCCUGUAUAUGGAUUCUACCCUGCCCAGGAAGUCCCCAAUGCCCCUGGCUCCUCUGUUCAACCAAGUGCCUGAUCUCCGACUCUGAGCGUCACGUCUGAGGUGAGGCCUCAGGAACUAGCGAGAGGAUUGGGUGGGAACUGCUCAGAGCAGCUUGUGUCGUGGGGAACACUGACAGUGUCCAGUCAGAGAAGCGGCUGUGGUGCCCCGUGCACCUCCCCUGAGUGAUGGGUUCCCAAGAAGCCACAGAGUAGCAGAGCGCGUGCUUGCAUGAGGCAUUUUCAAUCUGUUUUUAAAUCUGAUUCUCAGGGAUGGGAUGCCUGCCAAGCAGGGUAUGAUCUCUGUUGUGUUAAAACAAAAACAAAAACAAAGAAAUGAACAAACAAACUAGUUUUCACGGAAUGCUGCAGAGUGUUAAGCACUAAUAAAGACGAGGGAGAGUAGAGCAGGAGGAAGAAGCCCGUGCUGGCAGCGUAACAAGACACAGGCAGGGAGGAAAUGGCUCAUGGGGUGAGACUGGAUAGCUAAAGCUUCGUAGGGUCCCUGGCCCCAGAUCUGGGGGGGGGGGAGCAGCAGUCAAAUAAAGCCUCACCUCACCGCUACUUUGCGAAGGGAAAACCCAUACCCAGGAAGGCAGGAUGUGCACAGCGGGAGGCCACUAGAGCAAGGGUGCACAUAGGCAGGCAGGCACUCCUUGGUGUGUUCGCUGUGUUUUGAAAUUUCCGAUGACUUCUUGGUGGGAUUGUUGACUUCUAUCCCAUGUUUCGCACAGAAACUAAUGUGUGAUUGUGUGUGUGUGUGUGUGUGUGUGUGUGCUCACAGGAGAUGCAGAUGUGUGUGCGUGUUUGUGUGUGUAUGGGUGGGUGGGUGUGUUCAGCGAGUGGCUAUUGUUAACCAUAGGGCUAUGCAACAAAAGACACAUUACUAGAAACAAAACAAGACCACCACUUGGUCUAGGGUUUCAGCAUGAUUGUGACCAAACCUUUUAUAGAAUUUCCUUAUACGAAGGCACAAUACCCUGAAACUUUAACGAUAACAGAGUAUUUUAUUCCAGUAGGGUAAAAUUAACCAGGAGCCUUGGGCUGUGCAUGUGACUGCACCUAUGUUGCAAAGUAGAAGGAUGUGCAUUUUGAUACUGACGUUCUGUCUCUGUUCCAAGCCCAGCCCUUGUUCUCUUGAGUGUUGAGUGUAUACAUUCUGUAUGGAACCACAGCUGCUCCAGACAGCCCUGGGUUGGGAAUCAUCUUUACCCCACAUUAGCGUAGCUGGCUUUUCUUCCAGGCAUUGGUAUACAUGAAAAAUUACAAGAAGCAGGGAAAGGAGGCAUGGUGUCUUGUUUCCUGACUUUGGGUUUGUUUCUGUACUGUCUCUUCUCAAGCUGUUGUCUGUUCCCCCUUGAAAUUCCAUAGUGAGUUGCCAAAUUUGAAAUGCAACAACAACCAGCUGUCUGCAUCUGGAACCUGUCAAGCAGUGGCUGUAGUUUGAACAAGUUAUGUGUGCAUGUAAAAUAUAUCCAUAUAUACAUUAUACAAGUAUGCGCAUGAAAUGUAUAGCUUCGUACUUUUGAUACAAUGUAUUCAUUUGUUAAUUUUUAAUUAUAUUUGAUAUAAAUUGAA